UUUUAUACACGUAAAAGAUUCUUUACGUCUACGUAUAAGUGCCAGCAGCGGCCGACUCGACCGUAUGCCGUUAUUCUCUAAUAAAAAGUUCUUCUCUGUUCUAUAUAUCCUAGGCAAAUCCUAGGUAUAUAUCCCUGGUUGGCACCUAGUUACUUAUUCUGUGGUUGGCAGUUACCGGCUGACGGCUGACCAACUUGUCAACUAGAUGUAAACAUGGAGGGAUUAUUUAAGUUUUUAAAUAUUUUCGUGCUAGUUUUCCUAAUAGCUCGAGAUUUAGUGAAUUCUACGAACGUACAGAAGAGAUUUGAAUAUAAAUAUUCAUUUAAACCUCCAUAUCUAGCGCAGAAAGAUGGUUCUGUUCCUUUUUGGGAAUACGGUGGCAAUGCGAUAGCUAGUUCAGAAAAUGUGAGAUUGGCACCAUCCUUGAGAAGCCAAAAAGGGGCAAUAUGGACUAAGAAUCCUCUUAAUUUCAAUGAAUGGGAAGUAGAUAUUGCUUUCAGAAUCAGUGGGCGAGGUAGAAUAGGUGCCGAUGGAAUGGCAUUCUGGUAUACACAAGCCAAAGGCUCAUAUGAUGGUGAUGUUUUUGGAUCUUCAGAUCAAUGGGUUGGUUUAGGCAUAUUUUUUGAUUCAUUUGACAAUGACAAUAAGCAUAAUAACCCUUAUAUCUACGCUGUAGUGAACGACGGAAACAAGAAAUUUGAGCAUCAUAGUGAUGGUACAACUCAGCAAUUGGCUGGAUGCUUGAGAGAUUUCCGUAAUAAACCUUUUCCAACUCGAGCUAGGAUUGAAUUUCAUAAUAAUAUUCUAACAUUACUGUUUCACAAUGGCAUGACAAACAAUGAGCAGGAUUAUGAGAUGUGUUUCAGAGUUGAAAACGUUUUUCUACCAAAGAGUGGCUAUUUUGGAUUAUCAGCUGCCACUGGAGGUCUGGCAGAUGAUCAUGAUGUCAUUCAUUUCCUAACUAGCAGCUUUGGAGCUUCCAGCUCAGUGCCCGGGCAACCAGUGUUGACUGAUGACCAACAGAGACUUCAGCAGGAGUAUUUGGAAUAUCAGAAGAAAUUAGAACAACAGAAAGAGGAAUAUAGAAAGGAUCAUCCCAAUGAGAAAGAACCAGAUCUUGAAGAUUGGUUUGAAUCUGACAAUCAGAGAGAAUUGAGACAAAUCUUCCAAGGUCAAAAUCAAAUCUAUGAAGUUAUGAAGGAAUUGAACAGAAAAUUGGAUGAAGUGGUUGGAAAACAAGAGAGAACAAUAGGCUUAAUAACACAACAAACUGGUGCAGUAGGUUCAAACAUUCCUCCUGCACAAGGUCAGAGUUCCCCACCAGCCCAGGCAAGUGGCUUUGUUGACACAAUUAGAAGGCACGAAGUUGAUGCAAUGUUCAAUAACCAAAAUCAAAUGGUUAAUAGUAUAAGAGAGCUAAGGCAGUUUAUUCUUGAAGCCAAACAAAGAAUUGACACUGUGAUCAAUAAUCAAGCUAAAGCACCUACUGCUCAAGUGCAAGCAGUGGGAUAUGAUACUCAGUCAAUCAUAAAUGAAGUUAGAGAUGGAAUCAAUCACGUUAAAUCUAAUGUGGCACAGGUAGCAAGUCAAUUAGGCCAAGGAUAUAAAUGUCCUCAAAUCAGCUGUGUGUCACUAACUACCAUAUUAUUCGUUGUGGUACUUCAACUAGCUAUUAUUCUAGGAUAUAACUUAUACAGGGACAGCAAGGAUAGCCAGUCGAAAAAGUUUUACUAGGUGCAUUUUGUACAUGUAAAGACAUUAUUCUUGUUUUACUAAAUUACUUUUUGAUAGAAAAAAUGCCAAAAACUUCACUCAUAUUAAAAACGAACUGCUCAAAGAUAAAUUUUAUUAUAUUGUGUUAUAUUUUUUGAGAUUAUACUUAUUUCAAUACAGCCGUUCAUAUUUUAGUAGCAGGAUUCUUAUAAAAAAAUUAUCUCAAGAAAAGGCCAUAGCUGUUUAAGUUUUCAGCAGCUUAAGUCAUGCUAUAAAAAAUGACCAUGUGUAUAUGUAAUAUCCUCUAUACAAAACGGGAAUUAAGCUUCAUGAAGAUAUUAAAGGGCUCUCUUUAUUUGUAUCUAAAAUCGUAAGAAACACUACUUAAUUUAUAUAAUUUAUCAGUUGUCUAUUUAAGAUCUAAUUUAGUGUAAAGGGUUAUGUAAUUAUUAAAAAAAUGCUGUUUCAUUGUAGAUGUCUUCCGGUUCUUCUUUAAAAUUCAGUAAUUUUUGUUGUUAAUAUUAUUAAUUUUUGUUAAAUACUGUCUAAUUUCCUUUUGUAUAUUAUCUACAGUAUGUCCCCGGACUGUCUUUACAAGAGGAUUUUUUUUUAUUAUUGACAUUUUGAGAAAAAUGCGUUUUGAUUUGUAGGACUAUUGUUAGAAAAAAAUUCAACUAUAUUUUCAUUUUAAUUUUUCUCUAAAAUGGUAUGGAAAUUACGUAUACAAUAAAUAUAAGUACAAACAUUUUUAUGAAGAAUGCAUUUUUCUCAAAAUAAAAAAGCUUUUCCUCUCGGAAAGGCAAUCCGAAUCCGGGAGCGUACUGUAUAGAAUAAAUCAUUUUCAUGAUGAACAAAAAUGAAAUAAAUUGUGUAUUUUUUAGUCUUU